AUGGCCAAGACUCCCUCCAAGAAAUCUGUCAAGAAGGCAGCACCCGCCAAGAAGUCCGGUGGAUCCAAGAAGAAGCGUGUCGAAACCUAUUCUUCUUACAUCUACAAGGUCCUCAAGCAAGUCCACCCUGAUACUGGAAUCUCCAAGAAGGGUAUGUCCAUCAUGAACUCUUUCAUUAACGAUAUCUUCGAGCGCAUUGCCACUGAGGCCGGAAAGCUUGCCACUUACAACAAGAAGGCAACCCUUUCUUCGCGUGAGAUUCAAACUGCCGUCCGUUUGAUGCUUCCAGGAGAACUUGCCAAGCACGCUGUCUCGGAAGGAACCAAGGCUGUCACCAAGUUCUCCAGUUCUUAA